CAUUGAGCUCAACAAUGGCGGGUUUCGGUCUUGAGCUUUUUGUAUUGCUGUGUUCGCUGACUGAACGCAUCUAUGCUCGGUCUCCCAAUAUCUUGUUUAUUUUGGCAGACGACAUGGGACAGUGGGCAGCUGGAGCAUAUGGAAACCCUGAAAUAAAGACUCCCAACAUAGACAUGCUUGCUAAAGAAGGAGUAAGGUUUACUAAUGCAUUUUGCAAUACACCAGUCUGCUCUGCCAGCAGGACUUCAUAUUUAACAGGACGACUGCCAAGUCAACAUGGAGUGCAUGAUUGGAUAGCCGGAGGCAAUGGAUGUGAUCAGAAUCCUCCAAUAUUUUACUCACAAGAAGAAACCACGUACACAGAUGUUCUUGCUGAGCAUGGAUAUGUCUGUGGAAUCAGUGGAAAGUACCAUUUGGGAGAUCAGCAGCAACCGCAGCAUAGUUUCAGUCAUUGGUUUGUACAUCAGAGUGGAGGAGGGAAUUAUAACAAUCCUCCGAUGGUUAAGGACGGUCAGUGUGUUCAUCCGGAAGGAUACAUCAGUGAUAUUAUUACAACAGAUGCUAUUCAGUUCAUAUCUGAAACAGCAAAAAGUGAAAAGCCGUUUUAUGCAUCAGUUCACUUCACUGCACCACAUUCUCCAUAUACAGGACAUGAUGGAAAAGCUGACUCAAUGCAUCCAAAGGAAAUUGUUGAACAAUAUUCCAAUUGUACCUUUAGCUUUCUUCCUCAAGAGCCAAUGAAUCGCUAUGCCCAUUAUACAGGAGGUUUAACUCAAGAAUGUCUAGGAAACAGACAAUGUUUGCUUGGUUACUAUGCUGCUGUGACAGCUAUGGACAACAACAUUGGUCGUCUGUUGAAUACACUUGACACUCUAGGGAUUGGUACUGAGACUCUCGUAGUGUUUGCAAGCGAUCACGGUUUCAAUGCAGGACAGCAUGGCUUGUGGGGUAAAGGUAAUGCUGUCUACCCACUGAACAUGUUUGACACAUCAUUGAAGAUUCCAAUGAUAUUUCGACAUCUUGGAGUGUUGCAGCCACAUGUACAAGAAAGUCAUGUUCAGGUCAUAGACAUUGCUCCAACACUAUUGGACUACGUUGGCAAUUUAACAUUUCCUGAGGAAGUCAAUGUUGCUGGGAACAGCUUUAAAGAUGUCAUAUUCAGCAAGGCUCUCGUACAAGGUCCCGUGUAUGGAGAGUAUGGUCAAACUCGAUCCAUACGUAUGGCAAACAUAAAGCUUGUCAGGAGACUGACUGGACAGACAGAAAUAUACAAUCUAACAGAGGAUCCUAAAGAAUCAAUAAAUGUUGCUAACAACGGCAUCUAUUUUGCUAAUCAAACUGUACUAGAAAAUAAUAUGCGAGAUUGGUUUUCGUAUCUUGAAGAUCCAGUACUUAGUGGUUGGACUUUGCCUGUAACUGGUCAAGGACAAGUGGAGUCGAUUGUCUACAACAAAACUGGUUACAUCACAAAACCACCGUUUAGUCCUUUGUACAGGAAUCAUGAGAUCAAAAGCUAUGAAGGACCUUGGUGGGAUUAUGACUAGUGACAUCUAAUUAAUUAAUUAUUGUGAGAUAGUGAAUUCUGCUCUGCGUUGUUUUUGCACAUCAAAUGGAGAGAACAUUCAAA